AUGGGUGAUUUACCAAGCUCACGUGUUACAGCGAGCCGUCCAUUUAGCCGAAGUGGAGUUGACUACUGCGGUCCUAUCAACGUUAGAAUAUCCAAGGGUCGCGGAUGUCGAUGCUUCAAGGGCUAUGUAUGCCUUUUCGUGUGUAUGGUGACACGCGCAAUCCACUUGGAAGUGGUAAGUGAUAUGACGAGUGAAGGAUUCAUUGCAGCUUUCAAGAGAUUUGUGGCUCGUCGAGGCCACUGUCAGGAGAUUUGGAGCGACAACGGCACGAACUUUGUGGGCGCAUCAAAAGAGCUACGUGUUUUAUUUAAGGCUGAAAAGUCGAGUAUUUUAGAUGAAGUUGCUCAAUGUUUAGCAAAUACAGGAACCGAAUGGCAUUUUAUACCUCCCCGCGCUCCGAAUUUCGGGGGUAUCUGGGAGGCAGGGGUUAAAUCAACAAAGUAUCACUUGAAACGUGUGCUUGAUGGUACCACCUUAACCUAUGAGGAGCUUUCCACAUUGUUGGCCCAAGUGGAAGCCUGCUUGAAUUCUAGACCUAUGUAUAGGUUACCCACUAGUCAGGAGGAUAGUUUGCCUCUCACACCAGGCCAUUUCUUGAUUGGGGAACCGCUUAUUACAGUUCCAGAAAAUAAUUACAUGAACCAUAAUAGCAGUAUGUUGCGUAGAUGGCAACUCAUGCAGAAACUUACUCAAAAUUUUUGGCGUAAGUGGUCAAGAGAAUAUCUCACAACACUUUGCAACAGGUAUAAAUGGACAAAAGUUACUCCUGAACCUCAAAUAGGCCAAGUUGUUUUAAUUAAAGAGGAUGAUCUUCCUCCAAGUAGAUGGUUGUUCGGUCGAAUUGAGGAAAAGCACCCUGGUCCAGACAAUAUAACUAGAGUUGUCACCUUGCGUUGUAAAGAAAAUUGUAUUAAAAGACCUGUAUCGAAACUUUGUAUUUUGCCAGUUGUUCAAUAA